UAAACCUGAAAAUAGGAAAAAUGUCAACUAAUUUUGCAGUUCCUUUACUAAAUGCCUAGUAUGUUAUUGAAAUAUUUGCUAUUGUAUUCUACAGCAUCUGGCGGUAUGUCUGGUAACCUUUAUCAUCGCCCAUGCUUCCUGUUAAUACUUUUACCGUUACAAGUUAGAGUACAACUGUGUGUAAAACGAACAAAGGGUGAUACCUAAACAUCUCACUGAUAUGCAUAGAGCUAUAAAACAGGUAUCGAUCAAUGAUAUCUGUUUUAGCCUACAUCUUGGUAGAUUUAUGUUCCAAUCUUAUCAGAGGUUUUAGACCUCUCAAUGGAAUAUUUGUGAGAGAUUCGCUGAUUAUUUCCUGGGCGAGAUAACUUCUUAGCUCCUUUACUAGCCGUUCUUAGAUUAGUUAAUUAAUAUCAAUAGAAGCUGAUUAUCAAUAAAAUUUGAACAAUAGUUCGAUUAUUGGCUGAGUACCAAAUUUCCUGAAAAUCUAGAGCAAAUGAUCUUAAUCCGACAGUCAAGGUCUUAGUUCCCCUAUCAUCAGUCUUAAGGAAGCCAUCAUGACACACUUUUGAUCUU